AUGAUCCUCGCCACCAUCAUCGCCAACUGUAUCGUCCUGGCCUUGGAGCAGCACCUGCCUGGAGAGGACAAGACCCCCAUGUCCAAGAGACUGGUGAGUAAACCAUCUACCAAUACACUGUGUUUUAAGUCAGUCGUCAUCAGUGGGAUUCUCCAUACUUGCAGAAGUUUCUUUCAAAAACACAAUUUCCCUCCCAAUUCCUUAUUCAUGAAAUUUGGUAUUUAAUUGUAAUCUGACAUUUUCUCCAAAGAUUGGAGAGAAAUGGAUAGUUGCAGCAAAAAGAGAACACUUAAUAUUGUUUUAUGACUUUAGAAUACAUUGUUAGCUUGGAAAUUAGUUGUUUUAUUUUAUUUUAGUGUUUGUUGUUGUUAUUAUUUGAUUUGUAUGUUUUUGUUAUUUUAUAGUAUGUGUUGACUAAGAUUGGGGAUGGGGUGGGGCCGCCAGGGGUAUGUUUGGGAUGGGGGGUGAGAGGAUGGGGUUGUUCAAAAAGGGGGGGGAAAUUGUAUUGUUUUUAUAGAUUUUAUUGCCAUUGUGAUCCAAUAAAAACAAUUGUUCCGAAAAAUGAAAUAAUUGUUUGUUAAAGGCAUAUAAUAAAUGUCUGAGUUACUGUGUAUUUCCUGCAUUAUGUAUGAAUUAAUUCUGAAUGCAGUAUACCUAUUGAGCCAUUGCAUAGACCAUAAAGGUCCAAAUUGGUCCUCUGAGUUCCCUGCUGCCUCAGAAUGCAAAAUCAUUGAUUAUCUUUAAGACACAUUUAACAUGUGUAACAAUGUUACACUUUAACCAAACAAAGUACAAAUAACUGUAUAUACUAUAGCAUUAUAUAAAAGUGGUGUUUUUGGCAUGUCACAGUUAUCCCCUCUAACCCGUUAGUAGCUUGUUAGUUUUACAGUUGUGUUUUAUUGUUUCCUCCAGUAGAGUGUGAAACUACCUGGAUUAAUUGGUUCUCAUUCGAUAAAUAGCUAUGACAGCUAUUAUAUAUAUAUAUAUAUAUAUAUAUAUAUAUAUAUAUAUAUAUAUAUAUAUAUUAUCAUGCUAAUUGUACAUCUGUGAGCACAUGAGAGUGCUUACCUGCCUGCUGAGAGAAAAAUUUAAUUAGCCCUUUGAAAAGGGAAAAACAUAAAUGAUUGCUUGUUAUGUACUGUAGUAUAUGUAUUCUUUAGGGGAAUGUUUCAUUAUAUGUGUUUAAUUUUCAACAGAUUUAAGUGUUUUUCCAUUAACCUAAAGCGUGAUAAAUGUGUCCACACAAAUGCUGUUACUGUAUAUGCUUUGUUCUGUAACCUUUCAUGUUAUCAUGACCACUUUGUACUGUAGUUUAACAUUUACAUUUUAGUCAUUUUGUCUGAUAUGUCAAUUUUUUAUUCACAGGAAAAGACAGAGCCUUACUUCAUUGGGAUGUUCUGCUUUGAAGCUGGGAUUAAAGUGGUGGCGUUGGGAUUUGUAUUCCAUAAAGGCUCCUACCUGAGAAACGGCUGGAACAUCAUGGAUUUCAUUGUGGUUCUGAGUGGGUGAGUACGGUAGGCUGUCUCAGUCAGCUGAAACACUACAGGACUGUUAAUAUACUGCUGUAUAACACCCUCCUGUUUCAACACCCUGUUCAUGGCUGCUUGCUCAAAUAAGACCGGUGUAUUGCACUUGCACUAGCCUAGUUCAUUAUAUUGAUUUUUGAAAGGUUUUAUUGAAUGUUCAUCAAUGUUCUUGGCAUGUUUAACAGACUGUUUCAUGUGUAUUUGACUUUAUCAGAUGUAUGUUGUUAAUUUCCUGGAAGGAGUUAAUUUAAUUUCUGAGGCAAAUAUCGUGGCACAUCUUCUCAGUUCAGAUGCCAAGAACAAAACACUGUCCGUGGAAUAAUCAAAUCUUGCGGACGUAUAGCUUUAGGGCUCUUAGUGUCUUCAACUAAAAUAACACACAAGAAUACAGUUCACCUUUAGGCUUUUACACACAAUGGAAAGGAAUAUAUGUUUCCACUGUCUAGACUCCUGGAGCAAAUGAUUGCAGUGGACAAUGAAAAGGUUACUACAGGUUAUUUGCUGAUCUAAAAGGGGUAAGGGAUUCUCUUGAGAGGCUGAGGACGAAGACAGUUUAUCUUCCUAACAGCACUACCUGUUACAUUUGAGUCAUUUAGCAGAUGCUCUUAUCUAGAGCAAUUAUUGUUAAGUGCCUUGCAGAUUUUUCACCUAGUGAACUCGGGGAUUCGAACCAGCGAACCUUUCGGUUACGGGCCCAAGGUGCUUAACUGCUAGGCUACACGCCACCUCUGUUGAAAACAGCAGGGCCAACUCUGGUUCAAUACACACACAUACGCACACAGAUGAAAUAUUAAUCCAUUCCAUAGUGCAAAAGUACAAAGGGUGGCAAGGUUCUGACAGAAUUUUACAUGAUUCUCUGCGUUUCAUUAUUAAUGAGCGCAGGCUCACAGUGCUGAAUAAGGCCCAGCUCUCUGCUGAAAGGAGGAGAGGAAAAGGAGGAGAGGAGAAAGGGAUGGGGUGGGAGAGGAGUGUCAGACUGGGGCUGUGGAGCCAUGUCCUUAAAGCUCUGAUAAUGUCUCCUCACCCACAGUGCCCAUCACCCCCAACCUCACCCCUCCUCUCUGGCUGUGUGUCUUGAUGUGUGUGUGGAUGGUCAUAUGUGGAGAUGUUAUGCCUUGUCAGAUAUUCCCAGCCAGGUGAGAGGGGAGUGGUCUGGCUGUAGCUACUCUUCUUCUGCAUUACAUUUACAUUACAUUUUAGUAAUUUAGCAGACGCUCUUAUCCAGAGCAACUUACAGUUAGUGAGUGCAUACAUUUUUCAUACUGGCCCCCCGUGGGAAACGAACCCACCACACCACAGCCCAAAGUAGAGAUUUAAUUAAAACCCAGCGAGGAGCAGUGAAUUCAAAUGGAUUGGGUUACUCCGCUGACUUUCUCCGUAGACUCCUCUCAUCUGGCCUAAUUUUCCCCCUAAAUGACCUGUCGUAUCUAACCUUUGAGAUACACGAUUACUACUCUACUCAGACAUUUGUCUUCUCACACUGCGUAUAUUGAUACAUUUUCCUCUUCAGGUUUUACAUUACAUUAUUUUCAGGGAUAUGUGCCGGGUGAGUGCAUUCCAAUCUCUUGAUACCAAAUCUAGUACUUUUAGGGCUCUAUCUUUGGCUGGUGCCAAGGCGGCGAAAGUGUCAAACGAGCGUUAGUUGGCAAUUUCGCAAUGUAGAAACUGGUGCUCUGGCAUUUUCCACCCCUUGCACCAGGUUUGGCAAUUUACCUGUCUAACAUCAGCUCACGUGCACUGAGGUGGGAGGGGUGGUAAUAUUUGAGGUGUGUCCUUCAAAACAAGUGCAAAAGUGACAAUUUCAUGGAGCACAAAUUGUGAGAUUUAAGACCAACGAAAAGCAGGUCUUAGCGGUAACGCAGAUGGUAAUGACAUUGAUUUGAGAGUGGAAGCGCAACCUAUCCAGCUGUGAUGCACAGUGCCCAUAUGCUCAUGUAACAAGAGGGGAAAUGUCCAUUUUGGGCCGUUAACCCUCGUAAUUAGAAACAUAAGAAAUUAAUCACCAAAGCUUAAUUAAAAGAAUACGUUUAGGAGCAGCAACAGUGAGCGGACAUCCCCUUUCUAUCAGUAUUUUAGCCAGCUCCCGUUAUUAUUUUGGACAUACGUAAAACCCCCUCCAUGUAGGCUACCUGUGUCCACAUGCCCAUCAUGAAAUGAGAGAUGAGUUGAUGCAGGUGGUGACCCUCGUAGUUAGAAACAUUUAAGUUAUUUUCCUCUAACAAUUGCUUGUUUCAUUUCAUUAAAAACCUAAACUUAUUAGAAUGAUUCACCGUCCUUGGCUUUAUGGUGAGAAAAUCCAUCGCUCGCAUGCAAUGCAAUUUAGGAGCCUUCUGCUAUUUCUGGAGAAGUGUGAAUGCGAUCUGUAAGGUCCUUCCAUGAUGUUUAUAAAACAUUAUAUUUGGGAACAGUAUAAUGUUAAGUCAACAUUCCCCCUUUAUAUUGGAUCUUACUCCAGCUCCUGUGUAGAGUUUGGAUCUGUGUAAAACCUUCCAUAGUCUAUGUUGCCUCAAUAUUAUAUGCCCAAUGGGGAGACAAUAUGGUGCCUUUAACUGUAUUUAGAUAUAGCCAAUUUAAAACAAGUUGAUGUUUCGUUUUUAUUAGAAUUGUAUUCACAUUUUUCACUCUCUUUUUAAGCCUUAUCAAUAGGCUAGUGAAUUUAAUCUUGCUUAUUGACAACGUUUGGCAUGUCCAUGGCUCAGACAUGGAAAACAAAAUGUAAUUUACGGUAGGCCUAGCCCUUAUAUCAGUGUGAAUGCUAUGUUUAACAAUAUACUGAAUUUCCGUAUCGAAGCCAUGCAAUUACUUACAAUGUGAGCUGCAAACAUGUUCAACAUAUUUAGCAACGAUGGGAAAGCCUACACACGUUGUUAUUUUGUUUAUGAUAGGUUAAUUAACAAACUAGGCUAUAAUGGACUAACAUUCGAAUUGGAGUUGAUGACAACGCAAUACAUAAAAGACCGUAAAUACACAACUUGAAGCAUGGAGCACGUUCUGAUUGGCCUUUGAGGGGUCAAGCCUCGACACCUACAACUUAUUUAUUAAUCAAAACCCAGCCCUUUCACGCCACCGCCAGCUACUGUGCAUAUAAUUCCCAUUGUGAAAAUAACAAAAAUAUUUCUGACACAGCCCCAACCUGUAGGGCUACCGCCAGUGCUAAGAUUUACUAUUGCGUUAGGUUCGUUAAAAUUGAGCCCUUAACCCCCUAAAGUCGAUUGACACACCUGUGCGUCAAUCUAAUUAACAUAAUUUAAAACAUCCCCAUCAGAAUCCGUCUUUUUAAGCUAGAGAUAUCUGGUUUUUGAAUGGGUUGCGUCUCAAUCCACUGCAUCUGCCUAUGUUGGCCUUCCGCAUCUGCGGUGGAAAGUGGCAGACAUACAGCGCUGUUUGUCAGACCAGGAGACAUAAUGAAAACGUCUGUAGCAUCCGAACGGUUAGGUCUACAAACUAACAUAGCAGUAAAGUCCAAAUUCAAUAUUUUAUCUAAUCAUUUUUCAAUAUAAUUUUGUUUAUACCAACAGGGGUCCUAAAAUUCAAAAUCAAAUAGCUAAACAAUUCCAUAUUGUGGUGAAUGAUGGACGGAGUCAGGCGCAGGUGUAAAAUAACCGAAUGCAGAUUUAUUCCUUCCAGACAUACAAUGCGCCUACAACGGCAAUCGAAACAGGUACAGGGGAAACAAUCCUCCCUGACCAAACACAGUCUCAGAAAAUACAAUAAAUGUAAUGACACAGGGGAAAAUCAACCCUGGCAAAAUAAAUGAGAGAGUAUCUCAACCGAGCUACUCUCCUCCCACAUAGAACAAUCACUCACAAAGACAAGGGGCAGAGGGAACACUUAUACACAGACUAAUUAGGGGAUGAGCACCAGGUGUGUGUGAUUGACAAGACAAGACAAGUGGAGUGAUGAGAAUGGGAGCGGCAGUAGCUAGUGAGCCGGUGACGACGAACGCCGAAACCUGCCCGAACAAGGAGGGGAGGCAGCCUCGGCGGAAGUCAUGACACAUACAGUGGGGAAAAAAAGUAUUUAGUCAGCCACCAAUUGUGCAAGUUCUCCCACUUAAAAAGAUGAGAGAGGCCUGUAAUUUUCAUCAUAGGUACACGUCAACUAUGACAGACAAAAUGAGAAAAGAAAUCCAGAAAAUCACAUUGUAGGAUUUUUUAUGAAUUUAUUUGCAAAUUAUGGUGGAAAAUAAGUAUUUGGUCAAUAACAAAAGUUUCUCAAUACUUUGUUAUAUACCCUUUGUUGGCAAUGACACAGGUCAAACGUUUUCUGUAAGUCUUCACAAGGUUUUCACACACUGUUGCUGGUAUUUUGGCCCAUUCCUCCAUGCAGAUCUCCUCUAGAGCAGUGAUGUUUUGGGGCUGUCGCUGGGCAACACGGACUUUCAACUCCCUCCAAAGAUUUUCUAUGGGGUUGAGAUCUGGAGACUGGCUAGGCCACUCCAGGACCUUGAAAUGCUUCUUACGAAGCCACUCCUUCGUUGCCCGGGCGGUGUGUUUGGGAUCAUUGUCAUGCUGAAAGACCCAGCCACGUUUCAUCUUCAAUGCCCUUGCUGAUGGAAGGAGGUUUUCACUCAAAAUCUCACAAUACAUGGCCCCAUUCAUUCUUUCCUUUACACGGAUCAGUCGUCCUGGUCCCUUUGCAGAAAAACAGCCCCAAAGCAUGAUGUUUCCACCCCCAUGCUUCACAGUAGGUAUGGUGUUCUUUGGAUGCAACUCAGCAUUCUUUGUCCUCCAAACACGAGAGAGUUUAGUUUUUACCCAAAAGUUAUAUUUUGGUUUCAUCUGACCAUAUGACAUUCUCCCAAUCCUCUUCUGGAUCAUCCAAAUGCACUCUAGCAAACUUCAGACGGGCCUGGACAUGUACUGGCUUAAGCAGGGGGACACGUCUUAGGCACUGCAGGAUUUGAGUCCCUGGCGGCGUAGUGUGUUACUGAUGGUAGGCUUUGUUACUUUGGUCCCAGCUCUCUGCAGGUCAUUCACUAGGUCCCCCCGUGUGGUUCUGGGAUUUUUGCUCACCGUUCUUGUGAUCAUUUUGACCCCACGGGGUGAGAUCUUGCGUGGAGCCCCAGAUCGAGGGAGAUUAUCAGUGGUCUUGUAUGUCUUCCAUUUCCUAAUAAUUGCUCCCACAGUUGAUUUCUUCAAACCAAGCUGCUUACCUAUUGCAGAUUCAGUAUUCCCAGCCUGGUGCUGGUCUACAAUUUUGUUUCUGGUGUCCUUUGACAGCUCUUUGGUCUUGGCCAUAGUGGAGUUUGGAGUGUGACUGUUUGAGGUUGUGGACAGGUGUCUUUUAUACUGAUAACAAGUUCAAACAGGUGCCAUUAAUACAGGUAAUGAGUGGAGGACAGAGGAGCCUCUUAAAGAAGAAGUUACAGGUCUGUGAGAGCCAGAAAUCUUGCUUGUUUGUAGGUGACCAAAUACUUAUUUUCCACCAUAAUUUGCAAAUAAAUUCAUUAAAAAUCCUACAAUGUGAUUUUCUGGAAUUUUUUUCCUCAAUUUGUCUGUUAUAGUUGACGUGUACCUAUGAUGAAAAUUACAGGCCUCUCUCAUCUUUUUAAGUGGGAGAACUUGCACAAUUGGUGGCUGACUAAAUACUUUUUUACCCCACUGUAUGUUAUCUUAGUAUAACCCCCCCCCGCCCCCCCCCCCCCCAAAGGCUUAGACUUUUAGAGGUUAAUGUCAGACAAUAGCAAUGUAAAUAGAAUAUAAAAUGAAUCAAAAACUGUCUGCUUAUGAGAUCAUUUUGCUAAUUUCCUCAAAUUGCUUGGUUUACCAGGCAUACAGUAUUGACAUUGGUAGAGGCCAGUGCCGAUUUUAGCAUGUAAAUCUUGGGGGGGGGGAUGCAUGCGAGCAAAGCCACUACACAACACAACACUAAACAAUACAUUAAUUGCACUAUAACGGUGACAAACGGUGCCCACAAACUGUUAGGGCCUACAUAAAGCUGUCCCAACAGCAGAGUCCCAACAGCAGUCCCAACACCUUACCACUGCUACACCUGGCUAUCAGCGGAGCCUUGUCUGGCAGCGAAACAGUUCAUUCAGCCUCAUUUACUGCCUUUAAAAAAAAAACAUAGCUGAUCUGGCUGACUUGCUUAAACAAAUGUGGUUUCUACUGACAAUUGAGAUGUACAAACUAUGGCAUAAGGGGACGACAAGCGGAUAAAAUGCAAUCCGUAAUUUCAAUUAAGACAUUGAUGAGCAAGCUAGGACCGACAUAGUCAAUAUACAGUGAGGGAAAAAAGUAUUUCAUCCCCUGCUGAUUUUGUACGUUUGCCCACUGACAAAGACAUGAUCAGUCUAUAAUUUUAAUGGUAGGUUUAUUUGAACAGUGAGAGACAGAAUAACAACAAAAAAAAUCCAGAAAAACGCAUGUCAAAAAUGUUAUAAAUUGAUUUGCAUUUUAAUGAGGGAAAUAAGUAUUUGACCCCUCUGCAAAACAUGACUUAGUACAUGGUGGCAAACCCUUGUUGGCAAUCACAGAGGUCAGACGACAUGUCAGGAGGGAUUUUGUCCCACUCCUCUUUGCAGAUCUUCUCCAAGUCAUUAAGGUUUCGAGGCUGACGUUUGGCAACUCGAACCUUCAGCUCCCUCCACAGAUUUUCUAUGGGAUUAAGGUCUGGAGACUGGCUAGGCCACUCCAGGACCUUAAUGUGCUUAUUUUUGAGCCACUCCUUUGUUGCCUUGGCCAUGUGUUUUGGGUCAUUGUCAUGCUGGAAUACCCAUCCACGACCCAUUUCCAAUGCCCUGGCUGUGGGAAGGAGGUUCUCACCCAAGAUUUGACGUCCCUUUGAUGUGGUGAAGUUGUCCUGUCCCCUUAGCAGAAAAACACCCCCAAAGCAUAAUGUUUCCACCUCCAUGUUUGACAGUGGGGAUGGUGUUCUUGCGGUCAUAGGCAGCAUUCCUCCUCCUCCAAACACGGCGAGUUGAGUUGAUGCCAAAGAGCUCCAUUUUGGUCUCAUCUGACCACAACACUUUCACCUAGUUCUCCUCUGAAUCAUUCAGAUGUUCAUUGGCAAACUUCAGACGGGCCUGUAUAUGUGCUUUCUUGAGCAGAGGGACCUUGCGGGCACUGCAGGAUUUCAGUCCUUCACAGCGUAGUGUGUUACCAAUUGUUUUCUUGGUGACUAUGGUCCCAGCUGCCUUGAGAUCAUUGACAAGAUCCUCCCGUGUAGUUCUGGGCUGAUUCCUCACCGUUCUCAUGAUCAUUGCAACUCCACGAGGUGAGAUCUUGCAUGGAGCCCCCCGAAUAAUCGCACCAACUGUUGUCACCUUCUCACCAAGCUGCUUGGCGAUGGUCUUGUAGCCCAUUCCAGCCUUGUGUAGGUCUACAAUCUUGUCCCUGACAUCCUUGGAGAGCUCUUUGGUCUUGGCCAUGGUGGAGGUUUGGAAUCGGAUUGAUUGAUUGCUUCUGUGGACAGGUGUCUUUUAUACAGGUAACAAGCUGAGAUUAGGAGCACUCCCUUUAAGAGUGUGCUCCUAAUCUCAGCUCGGUAACUGUAUAAAAGACACCUGGGAGCCAGAAAUCUUUCUGAUUGAGAGGGGGUCAAAUACUUAUUUCCCUCAUUAAAAUGCAAAUCAAUUCAUAACAUUUUUUACAUGCGUUUUUUCUGGAUUUUUUUGUUGUUAUUCUGUCUCUUACUGUUCAAAUAAACCUACCAUUAAAAUUAUAGACUGAUCAUUUCUUUGUCAGUGGGCAAAUGUACAAAAUCAGCAGGGGAUCAAAUACUUUUUUCCCUCACUGUAACUAUUUAUUCAGAACUUUUUAAAUGUACAGCGACAGAAUUCAGAACAUGGGCCGUUCUUACAGUGUUCUCCCUGUAUACGAAGUCAGAAUCGUAAGAAAAAUAAAGGGGGCAUAUAAGCAGGCAAUGAUAGCUCUUACAAUAUUCCAUGAUUACAUUUCUCUAAAACAGGUUACAGGCUACAUGUGCACCACCAAGUCAGAACAGUAGGCGAAAUUAAGAGGGGAUAAUAGACCAAAUUAUUAGGGUGAGGCACAUGGGCUACCAACAGUUUACUACACAACAAACACUUAGUAUUACUUUCUUAGCUACAAUAUACAUAUUUCCCUGGCAUAUUACGUCAUUUAUGCAGCAGCAUACAAUACAUUUUUGGACUCACCUUGUUGUGCUGUGCUCACUUGAACAGGAAGGUGGCGCGGAGGUCCUUUGUGGGCAAAUUUUGUCAUCAAACUUUGUCAUCAAAGUCUGGCAUUCUCUGGAUUUAUGGUGCUUUCAAGACAACUGGGAACUCUGAAAAAAACAAGGUUGAAUCAUGAUGAUGUCAGUGAUCUUCAGGUUGUAGCUCUAGAAAGAGGACAGAGUUCCCGAUUUACAAUUCCGAGUUGGAUGACCAUUCAAAACGUAUUUUCCUAGUCGGAGCUUGUUUUUUCCUGAGUUCCCAGUUGUCUUGAACUCACUGAAGUAAGAUUUCCCAGUUCCGAGUUAACAGUUGUUUUGAGUGCGGCAGAAAUCAUGCUGGAUUGACAGCAUGGCCCAUGUUGAAAGUUGAUCAUUUUAAGCUUGGAAAAGAGACCCAUAAACCAGACUUGGGACCACACAGCCACUCCACUGAAUAGCAGGCUAGUGAUUGCUUUGCAAUGCUUGCAGUUAGCCACUAAUUCCUUCCAAACCACUCAUUGUUGAAUAUGCGAUUUCCAACUUGUUGUGUAAUGUUUAUGUCCAAUGGCCGAUGCGUAUAGAUACGUUUUAUCUAUAAUUUCUCUUCAUUAUUUCUCUUCAUAUGACAAGGAUUAAAAAGGAUUUGCCAGUAGAUUGUUUUAUUUUUAUAUAUAUAUAUAUAUAUAUAUAUAUAUAUAUAUAUAUAUAUAUAUAUAUAUAUAUAUACACACAGUGGGGAGAACAAGUAUUUGAUACACUGCCGAUUUUGCAGGUUUUCCUACUUACAAAGCAUGUAGAGGUCUGUAAUUUUUAUCAUAGGUACACUUCAACUGUGAGAGACGGAAUCUAAAACAAAAAUCCAGAAAAUCACAUUGUAUGAUUUGUAAGUAAUUAAUUUGCAUUUUAUUGCAUAACUAUUUGAUCACCUACCAACCAGUAAGAAUUCCGGCUCUCACAGACCUGUUAGUUUUUCUUUAAGAAGCCCUCCUGUUCUCCACUCAUUACCUGUAUUAACUGCACCUGUUUGAACUCGUUACCUGUAUAAAAGACACCUGUCCACACACUCAAUCAAACAGACUCCAACCUCUCCACAAUGGCCAAGACUAGAGAGCUGUGUAAGGACAUCAGGGAUAAAAUUGUAGACCUGCACAAGGCUGGGAUGGGCUACAGGACAAUAGGCAAGCAGCUUGGUGAGAAGGCAACAACUGUUGGCGCAAUUAUUAGAAAAUGGAAGAAGUUCAAGAUGACGGUCAAUCACCCUCGGUCUGGGGCUCCAUGCAAGAUCUCACCUCGUGGGGCAUCAAUGAUCAUGAGGAAGGUGAGGGAUCAGCCCAGAACUACACGGCAGGACCUGGUCAAUGACCUGAAGAGAGCUGGGACCACAGUCUCAAAGAAAACCAUUAGUAACACACUACGCCAUCAUGGAUUAAAAUCCUGCAGCGCACGCAAGGUCCCCCUGCUCAAGCCAGCGCAUGUCCAGGCCCGUCUGAAGUUUGCCAAUGACCAUCUGGAUGAUCCAGAGGAGGAAUGGGAGAAGGUCAUGUGGUCUGAUGAGACAAAAAUAUAGCUUUUUGGUCUAAACUCCACUCGCCGUGUUUGGAGGAAGAAGAAGGAUUUAGUACAACCCCAAGAACACCAUCCCAACCGUGAAGCAUGGAGGUGGAAACAUCAUUCUUUGGGGAUGCUUUUCUGCAAAGGGGACAGGACGACUGCACCGUAUUGAGGGGAGGAUGGAUGGGGCCAUGUAUCGCGAGAUCUUGGCCAACAACCUCCUUCCCUCAGUAAGAGCAUUGAAGAUGGGUCGUGGCUGGGUCUUCCAGCAUGACAACGACCCGAAACACACAGCCAGGGCAACUAAGGAGUGGCUCCGUAAGAAGCAUCUCAAGGUCCUGGAGUGGCCUUCCAGUCUCCAGACCUGAAUCCAAUAGAAAAUAUUUGGAGGGAGCUGAAAGUCUGUAUUGCCCAGCGACAGCCCCGAAACCUGAAGGAUCUGGAGAAGGUCUGUAUGGAGGAGUGGGCCAAAAUCCCUGCUGCAGUGUGUGCAAACCUGGUCAAGACCUACAGGAAACAUAUAAUCUCUGUAAUUGCAAACAAAGGUUUCUGUACCAAAUAUUAAGUUCUGCUUUUCUGAUGUAUCAAAUACUUAUGUCAUGCAAUAAAAUGCAAAUUAAUUACUUAAAAAUCAUACAAUGUGAUUUUCUGGAUUUUUGUUUUAGAUUCCGUCUCUCACAGUUGAAGUGUACCUAUGAUAAAAAUGUCAGACCUCUACAUGCUUUGUAAGUAGGAAAACCUGCAAAAUCGGCAGUGUAUCAUAUACUUGUUCUCCCCACUGUAUCUAUACAGCUCUGGAAAAAAUUAAGAGACCACUGCGAAAUUAUCAGUUUCACUGGUUUUACUAUUUAUAGAUAUGUGUUUGGGUAAAAAUAACAUUUUUGUUUUAUUCUACAAACUACUGACAACAUUUCUCCCAAAUUCCAAAUAAAAAUAUUGUCAUUUAGAGCAUUUUUUGCAGAAAAUGAAAACUGGUCAAAAUAACAAAGAAAAUAAGUUCAUGUUAAUUUCUAAACAACACAAUACUAAUGUUUUAACUUAGGAAGAGUUCAGAAAUCAAUAUUUGGUGGAAUAAUCCUGAUUUUCAAUCACAGCUUUCAUGCGUCUUGGCAUGCUCUCCACCAGUCUUUCACAUUGAUGUUGGGUGACUUUAUGCCACUCCUGGCGCAAAAAUUCAAGCAGCUCGGCUUUAUUUGAUGGCUUGUGACCAUCCAUCUUCCUCUUGAUCACAUUCCAGAAGUUUUCAAUGGGGUUCAGGUCUGGAGAUUGGGCUGGCCAUGACAGGUUCUUGAUCUGGUGGUCCUCCAUCCACACCUUGAUUGACCUGGCUGUGUGGCAUGGCGCAUUGUCCUGCUGGAAAAACCAAUCCUCAGAGUUGGAGAACAAUGUCAGAGCAAAAGGAAGCACGUUUUCUUCCAGGACAACCUUGUACGUGGCUUGAUUCAUGCGUCCUUCACAAAGACAAAUCUGCCCGAUUCCAGCCUUGCUGAAGCACCCCCAGAUCAUCACCGAUCCUCCAACAAAUUUCACAGUGGGUGCGAGACACUGUGGCUUGUAGGCCACUCCAGGUCUCCAUCUAACCAUUAGACGACCAGGUGUUGGGCAAAGCUGAUAAUUGGACUCAUCAGAGAAGAUGACCUUACUCCAGUCCUCUACGGUCCAAUCCUUAUGGUCUUUUGCAAACCUCAGCCUGGCUCUUCUUUGCUUCUCAUUGAUGAAGGUCUUUUUUUCUAGCUUUGCACGACUUCAGCCCUGCCCCUAGAAGCCUGUUUCGAACCGUCCUCGCCGUGCACUUCACCCCAGCUGCUGUUUGCCAUUCUUUGUGUAGGUCACUUGAUGUCAUCCUACGGUUGUUGAGUGACAUUCGAAUGACUUGGCGGUCAUCCUGGUCAGUAGAGAGUCAUUUUCACCCUCUGCCGGUCUGUAGCUUUGUUGUCCCCAAUGUCUGCUGCUUGAAGUUGUUCUUAUGAACCGCCGUCAUUGACAUUUUAAGGAUGGAAGUAACCUGACGCUCACUGUAUCCCUCUGCCAGUAAAGCCAGAAUUGAACCCUUCUUUUCCUCACUCAAAACUUUCCUUUUCAACUCUUUUGGCAUGGUCAAUAGUUAUUUUUUGAUUAAUAUUACUUUUGAGCUUACUAUUAGCACUGGUCCUAUUGCAAGAGUAUAGUGAUGAACACAGAAGUGGUUUUUAUACUUUUCCUCGUUAAAUAAGAUUUGGUUCAGGUGAUCACCUAAUCAGUACCUAAUUCAGUAGAAUGAGGUGUGCCUGUGUUGGAAUUUAACAGACACUGGAAUGGAAUGGCUGUCAUGCUGAUUUAAGAAAAAUUUGCAGUGGUCUCUUAAUUUUUUCCAGAGCUAUAUAUAUAUAUAUAUAUAUAUUAUAUAUAUAUAUAUAUAUAUAUAUAUAUAUAUAUAUAUAUAUAUAUAUACAUACAUACAUACAUACAUACAUACAUACAUACAUACAUACAUAUACACAUACAUACAUACAUACAUACAUAUAUAUACACAUACAUACAUAUAUAUACAGUGGGGGAAAAAAGUAUUUAGUCAGCCACCAAUUGUGCAAUUGUGUUAUAGUUGACGUGUACCUAUGAUGAAAAUUACAGGCCUCUCUCAUCUUUUUAAGUGGGAGAACUUGCACAAUUGGUGGCUGACUAAAUACUUUUUUUCCCCACUGUACAUAUCCUUUAAAAAUAUAUAUUUCCCUUUAUUACUUUCCAACCCCACCACCCCUUCCCUAAUUGGAGGAAACUAGUGAACAACAAUGCUUAGGCCUCUACUUCCAGCUUAUACAUACUAUAUUUUAUGGACACAGUCAAUUUUACAAUAAUUCAAUUUUGUUUGUUUUUACUCCUGUACUUCCUCUACCCUCAACCUCUCCAAUCAUUUUCAUGAAGUCCAUCCGGUUUGCUUCUAUAUGCCAUAUCUUUCACAAAAGCUCUCAACCUAUAACCUAUAUACUUAUUGUGGACACAGUAUGCUUAUUAUUAGUUAUCUUGUUGUUAUUAGUUGUUGUUAGUUGUUAUUAGUCCCAUCCUUCAACUCCAUUGAACACCACCCAUCUAUCUCUUAACACCAUCCAUAUUGGAUUUCUAUUUGCCAUAUAUUUUUCAACUGUACUGUGAUGUUUUACAAAAAUUCUGAACCCUUCUAUUCUCAUUGUUUCUACAGAUUGUAAAUUGAAAAUGUUUUUUUUUUCUAAAAAUAUUGUUAUAUUAUUGAUCGAUUGACUAUGACUUUUCAGAUCACCCAGUAUUGCUAUCUGCAGGGUUAGCUCCAGUUAAAUAUUGCAAUCCUUUAGCCAUUCCUGGACCUGUGUCCAAAAACAAGCUACAAAUGGACAGUACCAAAACAAAUGAUCUAAUGAUUCUGUCUCUUCGCAGCAAAAUCUGCAGAGCUGGGAAGAUUCUAUCCCCCAUAUAAAUAACAUUCUAUUGGUAGCAAGAAUUUUGUAUAAUAAUUUAUAUAGAAAAAUUCUAAGUUUUGAAUCCGGCGUCGUUUUGGGUAUCAGUUCAUAAACACUAUGCCAUGGAAUCGGUACGUCAAAAAUCUCUUCCCAACUAUUUUGCAAUCUAUAUGGGACGGCUGUCAAUCCUUUGGUCCUUAAAUGAAACUGGUAUACUUUUCUAUUUAUCACAAUUUUCUUUAACCAAUUAUGUUUAAUGCAGGGCCGACAGACAAGUUCCUUACUUUUUCCCCCUUCACUUUCCUCUUCCAUUUUUGCGGUAAUGCUGCAAUUAUUUGGUUGUAAUUUUGGGUAGAGCAGAUAUUUCCAUAUGUUUUUGUUAGCUGCAUGUGUGACAUAACUCCACCAGUCCUACCUAUGAUAUCAUUUACGAAGAUUAUACCUUUUUGUAAAAAAAAUUUAAUCAAUUAGUAUAUUUGAGUUUAACCACUAGUUGUUGCAUUAUUUGUUCUGUUGUUUCUGGAGGAUUCAAUUGAAAUUGCAACCAACUUUCUAUGGUUUGUUUUAGAAAUAGUGAUAUUUGGGAGAUGAUUUCCUUUUCAAAUAACUGAAAGUGAGAGGUUGUAAUCUGAAUAAAGGGGAAAAGGCCAUUCUUGAACAUUGGGUGAGACAAUCUUACUAAUUUGCUAGAGAGCCAGUUCGGAUGUAAGUAUAACUUUUGUAUGACUGAAGCUUUUAGUGAUAGGUCUAAUCCUUUAAUAUUUAAUAAUUUCUGUCCUACGAAUUCAUAUUCAUUAUAUAAAUAUGCCCGUUUAAUUUUGUCUGGCUGGAAUAUUUUUUUCUCAUAUAAUUAAAAAAACUGUUCGCUAGGCGUAGGCAAGACCUACAAUGUUGUUGCCAGUAGAUUCUUGACUUGAUUCAUGAUGAUGACUGCUAGCUAAGAUUUUGAAAGUAUGAUGUAGACAUGAUCAGUCCAAUCAAAGCUACCGUAGAUAUAAUGUGAUUUGACGUCAUUUUAUCUGUGGCCAAUGACCUUGAGCCUUCUUGGAUGGGCACUUCUAAUGUAACUCUAUGGCAGCACCCAAGGGGCUUGAAUUUUCGAGCCCUACCCUUAGAUUUGGCGGUGACAUAGUGUCCCCAUGAGUGACAGAACACUGAGCCAAUCACGGCGCAACUAGAGAACAUUACCAACCCCUACACUCCGUAUUUUAUACUGUCUGCCCCACCACCACAGAAAGCACUGAGCUAGGCUGAAACACCUGCAUUUUGGAGCUGCCUUACUCAAGAAAGCAAAAAAGAGACCAUGUUUGUGUGCGGCUUUAUUAACUAAAUUAUUUAUUUUAAUUUUUUACAUUGUUUGCAAACUGAUAUGUGACACGUAUUAAUGCCAAAAUAACAUGCAAAACAGGCAACCAAAAAAUUAAUAAAAACAUUAUUAUUAAUAUUGUAAUUUUAUGUGUGUGCAAAAACAGAGCCCUGAAUGACGGGUUGCCACUGGUAGAGGCCCAAUGCAGCUGUUUUUAUAUCAAUAUCAAAUAAUUUCUGGUUAACAAUUAAGUACCUUACUGUAAUAGAUUUCCAUUCAAAUAGGCAAAAUAGCUUUUUAGCAAAAAACUAUUACUCAAAAAAACUGUUUCACAAGCAAUACUUUUGCUAGGACUGUCUGGGAGUGGUCUGAGUGGGGAGGGGAAAACUGAAAACUAGCUGUUAUUGGCAGAGAGUUUCGGAACUCUCGUUGUUAUUGGUCUGCUAACCAAUUUACCUAAUUUGACAUGUCACCAUGGAAAGCUGGAACUCCUGCCCAUGCAAACCUGCUGAUUACAAAGUCCUGUGUAGAUUGUAUUUUCAAACAGCAACUAUCAGGAAAUAACAAUGAUUUUAAAAAAUCCCACACUUUUACAGUGUUAGUUUCAUCAGCUAUUGUACAAUAUGAUAUAAAACACAGAAUAUUGACUGCACUGGGCCUUUAAUGCAAUGAUCAGAGGGGUUUUCUAUUCCAGUUUAGAUGACUGUAUUUGGCAGUAGUUUCUUACCUCACCUGUCAGUUACUGGCCCUUGCCAAGUAAUCUCAGCUUCCAGAUGUAUCAUUAUAACGUUUCGUAUCAUUUUAUUACUCUUAGUGAGCACUUUCCACUUUCCAGCACUGACUGAUGGACAGGUUGACAACUGUGUUGUAUUUUCUCCACUUUGAACGUACAGAGAGAGUUGAAUGAUUCAUGGGCCUGAAUGGUAGAUGACAUCUGCUUUCUGACUGAUAGUAAAUCAGAGCACAUAUCAGCUCCCAGUCAAGCAUGUAUGACAUCAGGUCUGGCAGUCUGUUAUCAUUAAUACAGCAUGACCAGUAUAUUUCACAUGAAACAGUCUACAGCAUGACUACAGUAUGCCCCAAUCUCAUUUUAUGAACAGCCAUCACUGUGGGGGACUUUAUAUAGUUUGGAGGUAAUUCGUGUGUAGGUUUCAUUUGAUUCAUUUUCAGUAUAAUGAAGUGAGGUUUAGAUGUUUUUUUCUUUACUAUUGUUCUGUCCAUGGCAACCGUAUUGUAAUGCAAUGAAUCUCCCUCUCGCUGUUGCUCUCUCUCACAGACACACACACAUUUAGAAUUUCGACAGGGGUUUGCAACCUUAUUAAGAAAUGAGUGAAGAUUAUGAGAUUUGCUGGUAAUAGUGGAUGAGUCAUCAGUAUCCAUUAGUUUUUAAUGAACAGUCAUGUGCAGACAGAGGUCAGAGGGAAAAGGAACUGUUUAAGGCAAGGAUCAUCAACUAGAUUCAGCUGCGGACCAAUUUUUUCUUGAGCGGAUGGUCGGGGGCCCGGAACAUAAUAAAACAAAUAUUUGUAGACUGCAAAUUAACCGCAAGAAGCCUAAACAUAUAUAAUAUUUGACUAAAACAAUAAUUUCAAACCUUGAUUACAUUUGGGAACAUUGUCCUGUGUAGGGUGCCGUCUUUCGGAUGGGACGUUAAAACGGGUGUUCUGACUCUCUGUGGUCAUUCAAAAUCCCAUGCCGCUUAUUGUAAGAGUAGGUGUAUUCACCCCGGUGUCAUGGCUAAAUUCCCAACCUGGCCACAUUCCAUCAUGGCCACCUCAUUCCUAAUUGGCAUAUAUCACUCCUAGCCUCUCCACCUGAUAGCUGAUGUGUGGUGAGCGUUCUGGCACAAAAAUGGUCGCCGUGUAUCACUGAGGUGGGUGCUACACAUUUCUCCCUACUAUGUAAAGCGCUUUGAGUACCUCAGUUGGUAGAAAAGUGCUAUAUAAAUCCAAUCAAUAAUUAUGAAUUAUUAUUUGUAUACGAUCACAUAUGUCUCUCUAUUAUACGUGGGAAUACUUGGGAACAGAUUUCCGAAAUGAAAAUCACUUGGAGCUGAUUUCCUGGUGUUUUUACAGUCUUUUAUGUCCAACAAUGAAAAUUAAGUUGGGGAACCCUGGUUUAAGGGCUCAACAGUAUAUUUCUCUGCUAUUAGGAGUAAUGCUGUUCUCUGCUGUAAUUGUAUUCAACUAUACUGUAAGUUAAGGGAAAGAGAAAGGGAUUUUGUGUGUGCACUUACAUGCAUGUGUGAGCGAUAUCUCUGUACUUAAGUGUCUUGUGUGUUUGUGGAAGCUUAACAGGAGGUAAACACAGGAAGUACAGAUUACCAGUACAUAAUGAUUUAAAUGAUACACUAGAUGACUGAUAGGGAAUGCAUUGUUGAAGCCACCAUACCUCCAUCUUGGCACUCCCCCACCAGUGUAAAACAUUUUUUGAAAGCUAUAGAAAUGCAUGUAUUAAUGUCUGCAUUCGUCUUUGCCACAUGUAUUCUAUUACAGACACGUAAGUGCAUACUUUUAAAUUAUAUUAUUUGAGCAAAAAAUAAAAAACAUUUUCCUUAAAUUAAAUUUUUUUUGAGAUUACUAAUGUUAAUGUCUCCACUAGAACAACAAAAAUACUGAAAUACAUGUAAUUUGGUCCUUGAAACAUUUAAUAUAAAUACUGUAGAAUUCCAUUCAUUCCUACGGAGGACUGCUCCUACUGGGGAGUGCCAAAAUGGCCGACCGGUGGCUUCAAAGCCUCUCAAUAGUAACAGCAAUCCAGGGUUUAUAUGCAUCAUUGCAAGUACAGCAGUAGGCUAAUCGAGCCUAAAGCCUGUUAUUUGCUAGCUCUGGACUGUAGUGAUUUAAAAGCAAAUACAAUGUUGGUAAUCUUAGGCCUGGUUACAAGUGGAAACGUCUCCAGCAGCAUGUUGAGGAGAAGAGAAGAAUCCCCCAUGCGUAAUGGCGUUUCCCACAGCCCCUCCAUUAGACUGAGAACACAUGGCACUGAGCUCCUUCCUCACAGGACUCACUGUGAUACUGGCACUGCUCUGUGUGUGUCACUGCUCUGUGAGUAGGGAGACUCAAUCAGAAUUCGUCAUCAUAAUUCCAGCAUGAUAUGGUGUAGAUUUAUACAUUUAAAACAGAGUCAGUUAAAGGGCACAGCACUUUUGGUUAGAAAACUGAAAUAGUUUAUUAUGGCAGUAUUCUUAACAUGCAGUACAUCCAUGACCAGAGCUUUAGAUUGCUAGAAGAAUUGAUAGACUUAAAGGGACUUCAUAUAUAAUAUAUAAUAUGCCAUUUAGCAGACGCUUUUAUCCAAAGUGACUUACAGUCAUGCGUGCAUACAUUUUUUUGUGUAUGGGUGGUCCCGGGGAUCGAACCCACUACCUUUGCGUUACAAGCGCCGUGCUCUACCAGCUGAGCUACAGAGGACCAUCAUCUCCAGCACCACCCAAACAUCAACGUAUGAAAAUCGCGCGUUUCUAAAAGAUAGAGGAAGAUAAGUGUUUCCAAUGGCAUCAUCAACAAUUAGUAGUCAAUGCCUACUCAUAAUUGGUUAAAAUCACAUAAUGCACACCGAUGGUGUCAUUGGAAACACUUACAGUGCCUUCAGAAAGUAUUCAUAACCUUUGACUUAUUCCACAUUUUGCUGUGGAAUUCGAAUUGGAAUAAAACAAUGUUUUUAUCUCUCCCAUCUACACACAAUAUUCCAUAAUGACAAAGUCAAAACAUGUUUUUAGACAGUUUUAGAAAUGUAUUGAAAAUGAAAUACAGAAAUAUCUAAUUUACAUAAGUAUUCACACCCAUGAGUCAAUACUUGUUAGAAUCACCUUUGACAGUGAUUUCAGCUGUGAGUCUUUCUGGGAAGUCUCUAAGAGCUUUGCACACCUGGAUUGGACAAUAUUAUUAUUUAAAAAAUUAUUCAAGCUCUGUCAAGUUGGUUGUUGAUCAUUGCUAGACAGCCAUUUUCAAGUCUUGCCAUAGAUUUUCAAGCCUAUUUAAGUCAAAACUGUAACUAGGACACUCAGGAACAGUCAAUGUCAUCUUGGUAAGCAACUCCAGUGUAUAUUUUGCCUUGUGUUUUAGGUUAUUGUCCUGCUGAAAGGUGAAUUUGUCUCCCAGUUUCUGUUGGAAAGCUUGGAUUUUCCUCUAGGAUUUUCCCUGUGCUUAACUCUAUUCUGUUUGUUUUUUUCCUAAAAAAACCUCCCUUGCCGAUGACAAGCAUACCCAUAACAUGAUGCAGCUACCACCAUGCUUGAAAAUAUGGAGAGUGGUACUCAGUAAUGUGUUGUGUUGGAUUUGCCCCAAACAUAACACUUUGUUUUCAGGACAUUAAGUUUUUAAAAAAAUCCCACAUUUUUUGCAGUUUUACUUACAUUUACAUUUACAUCAUUUAGCAGACGCUCUUAUCCAGAGCGACUUACAAAUGGGUGCAUUCAACUUAUGAUAGCCAGUGGGACAACCACCUUUUUUUAUGGGGGGUGGGGGAAGAAGGAUUACUUUAUACUAUUCCAGGUAUUCCUUAAAGAGGUAGGGUUUCAAGUGUCUCCGGAAGGUGGUCAGUGACUCCGCUGUCCUGGCGUCGUGGGGGAGCUUGUUCCACCAUUGGGGUGCCAGAGCAGCGAAUAGCUUUGACUGGGCUGAGCGGGAACUGUGCUUCCGUAGAGGUAGGGGAGCUAGCAGGCCAGAGGUGGAUGAACGUAGUGCCCUCGUUUGGGUGUAGGGUCUGAUCAGAGCCUGAAGGUAAGGAGGUGCCGUUCCCCUCACAGCUCUGUAGGCAAGCACCAUGGUCUUGUAGUAGAUACGAGCCUCAACUGGAAGCCAGUGGAGUGUGCGGAGGAGCGGGGUAACAUGAGAGAACUUGGGAAGGUUGAACACCAGACGGGCUGCAGCGUUCUGGAUAAGUUGAAGGGGUUUAAUGGGACAGGCAGGGAGCCCAGCCAACAGCGAGUUGCAGUAAUCCAGACGGGAGAUGACAAGUGCCUGGAUUAGGACCUGUGCCGCUUUCUGUGUAAGGUAGGGUCGUACUCUGCGAAUGUUGUAGAGCAUGAACCUGCAGGAUCGGGUCACCGCUUUGAUGUUAGUGGAGAACGAAAGGGUAUUGUCCAGGGUCACGCCAAGGUUCUUUGCACUCUGGGAGGAGGACACAAUGGAGUUGUCAACUCUGAUGGCGAGAUCAUGGAGCGGGCAGUCCUUCCCCGGGAGGAAGAGCAGCUCCGUCUUGCCGAGGUUCAGCUUGAGGUGGUGAUCCGACAUCCACACUGAUAUGUCUGCCAGACAUGCAGAGAUGCGAUUCGCCACCUGGUUAUCAGAAGGGGGAAAGGAGAAAAUUAAUUGUUUGUCGUCGGUGUAGCAAUGAUAGGAGAGACCAUGUGAGGAUAUGACAGAGCCAAGUGACUUGGUGUAUAGAGAGAAUAGGAGAGGGCCUAGAACUGAGCCCUGGGGGACACCAGUGGUGAGAGCACAUGGUGCGGAGACAGAUUCUCGCCACGCCACCUGGUAGGAGCGACCUGUCAGGUAGGACGCAAUCCAAGAGUGAGCAGCGCCGGAGAUGCCCAACUCGGAGAGGGUGGAGAGGAGGAUCUGAUGGUUCACAGUAUCAAAGGCAGCGGAUAGGUCUAGAAGGAUAACAGCAGAGGAGAGAGAGUUAGCUUUAGCAGUGCGGAGAGCCUCCGUGACACAGAGAAGAGCAGUCUCAGUUGAAUGACCAGUCUUGAAACCUGACUGGUUUGGAUCAAGAAGGUCAUUCUGAGAGAGAUAGCAGGAGAGUUGGCUAGAGACGGCACACUCGAGUUCUGGUCUGUAGUUGUUGACAUCGAUUUUUUGAGGAGGGGUGCAACUCUCGCUCUCUUGAAGACGGAAGGGACAUGGCCAGCGGUCAAGGAUGAGUUGAUGAGUGAGGUGAGGUAAGGGAGAAGGUCUCCGGAAAUGGUCUGGAGAAGAGAGGAGGGGAUAGGGUCAAGCGGGCAGGUUGUUGGGUGGCCGGCCGUCACAAGUCGCAUGAUUUAAUCUGGAGAGAGAGGAGAGAAAGAAGUCAAAGCAUAAGGUAGGGAAAUGUGAGCAGGACCAGCGGUGUCAUUUGACUUAAUAAAUGAGGAUCGGAUGUCGUCAACCUUCUUUUCAAAAUGGUUAACGAAGUCAUCCACAGAGAGCGAUGAGGGAGGGGGAGGAGGAGGGGGAUUCAGCAGGGAGGAGGUGACAAAGAGCUUCCUAGGGUUAGAGGCAGAGGCUUGAAAUGUAGAGUGGUAGAAAGUGGCUUUAGCAGCGGAAACAGAGGAAGAGAAUGUAGAGAGGAGGGAGUGAAAAGAUGUCAGGUCCGCAGGGAGUCUAGUUUUCCUCCAUUUCCUCUCGGCUGCCCGGAGCCCUCUUCUGUGAGCUCGCAAUGAGUUGUCAAGCCACGGAGCAGGAGGGGAGGACCGAGCCGGCCAGGAGGAUAGGGGACAUAGAGAGUCAAAAGAUGCAGAAAGGGAGGAGAGGAGGGUUGAGGAGGCAGAAUCAGAAGAUCGGAGGGAGAAGGAUUUAGCAGAGGGAAGAGAUGAUAGGAUGGAAGAGGAGAGAGUAGCGGGAGAGAGAGAGCGAAGGUUGCGAUGGCACAUUACCAUCGGAGUAGGGGCAGAGUGAGUAGUGUUGGAGGAGAGCGAGAGAGAAAAGGAUACAAAGUAGUGGUUGGAGACUUGGAGGGGAGUUGCAGUGAGAUUAGUAGAAGAACAGCAUCUAGUAAAGAUGGGGGGGGGACGGUGAGAGGGUGAGGUCAAAAUAGGAAAGGAGUGGAAAGAAGGAGGCAGAGAGAAAUGAGUCAAAGGCAGACGUAGGGAGGUUAAAGUCACCCAGAACUGUGAGGGGUGAGCCAUCCUCAGGAAAGGAACUUAUCAAGGCGUCAAGCUCAUUGAUGAACUCUCCAAGGGAACCUGGAGGGCAAUAAAUGACAAGGAUGUUAAGCUUGAAUGGGCUAGUGACUGUGACAGCAUGGAAUUCAAAUGAGGAGAUAGACAGAUGGGUCAAGGGAAAAAGAGAGAAUGUCCACUUGGGAGAGAUGAGGAUUCCUGUGCCACCGCCGCGCUGACUAGAUGCUCUCGGGGUAUGCGAGAACACAUGGUCAGACGAGGAAAGAGCAGUAGGAGUAGCAGUGUUUUCUGUGGUAAUCCAUGUUUCCGUCAGCGCCAAGAAGUCGAGGGACUGGAGGGUAGCAUAGGCUGAGAUGAACUCUGCCUUGUUGGCCGCAGAACGGCAGUUCCAGAGGCUGCCGGAGACCUGGAACUCCACGUGGGUCGUGCGCGCAGGGACCACCAGAUUAGAGUGGCAGCAGCCACACGGUGUGAAGCGUUUGUAUGGCCUGUGCAGAGAGGAGAGAACAGGGAUAGACAGACACAUAGUUGACAGGCUACAGAAAAAGGCUACAAUAAUGCAAAGGAGAUCGGAAUGAAAUGAACUAAACAUCUGGGAAAGCGAGAGAGCGGGGCCUCCCUCACUUACGUUUCACUGAAACACUCAAAUACACUGCUCAAAAAAAUAAAGGGAACACUUAAACAACACAAUGUAACUCCAAGUCAAUCACACUUCUGUGAUAUCAAACUGUCCACUUAGGAAGCAACACUGAUUGACAAUACAUUUCACAUGCUGUUGUGCAAAUGGAAUAGACAACAGGUGGAAAUUAUAGGCAAUUAGCAAGACACCCCCAAUAAAGGACUGGUUUUGCAGGUGGUGACCACAGACCACUCCUCAGUUCCUAUGCUUCCUGGCUGAUGUUUUGGUCACUUUUGAAUGCUGGCGGUGCUUUCACUCUAGUGGUAGCAUGAGACGGAGUCUACAACCCACACAAGUGGCUCAGGUAGUGCAGCUCAUCCAGGAUGGCACAUCAAUGCGAGCUGUGGCAAGAAGGUUUGCUGUGUCUGUCAGCGUAGUGUCCAGAGCAUGGAGGCGCUACCAGGAGACAGGCCAGUACAUCAGGAGACGUGGAGGAGGCCGUAGGAGGGCAACAACCCAGCAGCAGGACUGCUACCUCUGCCUUUGUGCAAGGAGGAGCAGGAGGAGCACUGCCAGAGCCCUGCAAAAUGACCUCCAGCAGGCCACAAAUGUGCAUGUGUCUGCUCAAACGGUCAGAAACAGAUUCCAUGAGGGUGGUAUGAGGGCCCGACAUCCACAGGUGGGGGUUGUGCUUACAGCCCAACACCGUGCAGGACGUUUGGCAUUUGCCAGAGAACACCAAGAUUGGCAAAUUCGCCACUGGCACCUUGUGCUCUUCACAGAUGAAAGCAGGUUCACACUGAGCACAUGUGACAGACGUGACAGAGUCUGGAGACGCCGUGGAGAAUGUUCUGCUGCCUGCAACAUCCUCCAGCAUGAACGGUUUGGCGGUGGGUCAGUCAUGGUGUGGGGUGGCAUUUCUUUGGGGAGCCGCACAGCCCUCCAUGUGCUCGCCAGAGGUAGCCUGACAGCCAUUAGGUACCGAGAUGAGAUCCUCAGACCCCUUGUGAGACCAUAUGCUGGUGCGGUUGGCCCUGGGUUCCUCCUAAUGCAAGACAAUGCUAGACCUCAUGUGGCUGGAGUGUGUCAGCAGUUCCUGCAAGAGGAAGGCAUUGAUGCUAUGGACUGGCCCGCCCGUUCCCCAGACCUGAAUCCAAUUGAACACAUCUGGGACAUCAUGUCUCGCUCCAUCCACCAACGCCACGUUGCACCACAGACUGUCCAGGAGUUGGCGGAUGCUUUAGUCCAGGUCUGGGAGGAGAUCCCUCAGGAGACCAUCCGCCACCUCAUCAGGAGCAUGCCCAGGCGUUGUAGGGAGGUCAUACAGGCACGUGGAGGCCACACACACUACUGAGCCUCAUUUUGACUUGUUUUAAGGACAUUACAUCAAAGUUGGAUCAGCCUGUAGUGUGGUUUUCCACUUUAAUUUUGAGGGUGACUCCAAAUCCAGACCUCCAUGGGUUGAUACAUUUGAUUUCCAUUGAUAAUUUUUGUGAUUUUGUUGUCAGCACAUUCAACUAUGUAAAGAAAAAAGUAUUUAGUAAGAUUAUUUCAUUCAUUCAGAUCUAGGAUGUGUUAUUUUAGUGUUCCCUUAAUUUUUUUGAGCAGUGUAUAACUCUCCCAACUUCCACUUAAGAAAUUAUAAUUGUUGUAAACUACAGCAGUUCAAUGUUUUCUAGGAAUAGACUCUAACUUAGUUUAUUCAGCUAACUAACUUGGUACAGUAUUCUUCCGUGAAAACCGUCCAGGGCACCGAUUCCUAUGACGCCAUAGCCAACUAGCAUGCCAGCCUCCAAUAACACGGUUUAGCACCAAUACUCGGUUACAACAAACCAGUGUGUUAACACGCCAAACAGAUCAUUCGUGUCCGUGUCUAACGUUGUGUAAAGUUUUGGGUUAGUUUUGACAGUUUGAGUGAGUACGUCGUCAACUUAUUCAGCCAGUUAGUUAGCUAGAAUAGUUAGCAUACUAGCUAGCCAUUGCUCUCUGCCAACGAACCACCCCUCCUCCGACGGCACGAAACACACAGAGAGAGCCAAGCUAACGUUAACUAGUCACCCAUGUCCCGAAUUCCCUUGAACGACUCUUGUUACCAGUAUGUAAAAACAAAACAAAAAUAAAUGUAGGUUAUAACUGACCCUUAGUAGCUACUGUUAGCCAUUUAAGUGCAAAGCUAGCCACUGAAGCGAUUCAGCCAGUUCGCAUCUGUCUCAACGGAGAGAAAGCGUCUCCAAAUAUUACAGCUAGGUCGUUCCAGCUAUUGCUUAGUUAGCUAUCCAGGUAGCAACAAGCUAGUUACAUUUCCAGUACAGUAGCCACUAACUACCUAACGUUAACGCUUCAGAUAAUGAGGUUAGAAAAACAGCUGAAUGGUAGCUAGCUAGCUGGCAUAAUUACAGGUACUCUUAAGUGUGAAAUUACAUUGGAAACAAUUAUCCACAGUUGCUAAUAGUUACCAGUAGCUACCCGCUAGCUAGCUAGCUUUAUUGGUCCAGGUAGUGGGUUAGCUAGCCUCGUGCUUCACCGGGCUCAGCCGAAUACAAUACUUACCUACAAUAAUUACCUACAAUAACCUACAAUAUCUACAUAGAUAAACGACCUACAAUACCUAACUACAAUGCCUACCUACAAUCUAAAUACAUGGUUUAAGCUUUACUCGACACCAUAUUAGAAGCCAAGCUUACCUCCCGCUAGAGAAAAUACAACCUCACCCGACCAGACCAGGAACAAUAUCAAAAUGUAUACUUCAGUGCCUUAUUGCAAACAGGAUGCAUGUUUUGGAAUAUUUGUAUUCUGUACAGGCUUCCUUCUUUUCAUGCUGUCAUUUAGGUUAGUAUUGUGGAGUAACUACAAUGUUGUUGAUACAUCCUCAGUUUUCUCCUAUCACAGCCAUUAAACUCUAACUGUUUUAAAGUCACCAUUGGCCUCAUGGUGAAAUCCCUGAGCGGUUUCCUUCCUCUCCGGCAACUGAGUUAGGAAGGACACCUGUAUCUUUGCAGUGACUGGGUGCAUUGAUACACCAUCCAAAGUGUAAUUAAUAACUUCACCAUGCUUUACUUUUUUUUUUAAACUCAUCUACCAAUAGGUGCCCUUCUUUGAGAGGCAUUGGAAAACCUCCCUGGUCUUUGUGUUUGAAAUUCACUGCUCGACUGAGGGACCUUAUAGACAAUUUUAUGUGUGGGGUACAGAGAUGGAUUAAAACACUAUUAUUAAACACUAUUAUUGCACACAGAGUGAGUCCAUGCAACUUAUUAUGUGACUUGUUAAGCACAUUUUUUACUCCUGAACUUAUUUAGGCUUGCCAAUACAAAGGGGUUCAAUACUUAUUGACUCAAGACAUUUCAGCUUUUCAUUUUUAAUUUGUAAAAAUGUCUAAAAACAGAGUUCCACUUUGACAUUAUGGGGUAUUGUGUGUAGGCCAGUGACACAACAUCUCAAUUUGAUCUAUUUUAAAUUCAGGGCUGUAACACAACAAAAUGUGGAAAAAGUCAAGGGGUGUGAAUACUUUCUGAGGGCACUGUAUCUUCCUCUAUCAUAGAAAUGUGCCAUUUUUACAUAUGUUGACGGGUGGUGCUGGAAAUAAUGAAUAUGAAGUUGAACAUUUUUUAAAUGUCCCUGUAGGAGCAACAUGUUCCAGAAUACACCGACAAUACCAUGUUUGUUUCAAACUCUAGUCGCAGCUUUGUUCCUCUGUCUUCAGGGAGAUUGUGACAUGAAUGAUUUGGACCUGCUUCCCCUCUAUCCGGCUAUGUAUCAGAUGGCUUAUAACCCACGCUGGGGACUGAGACAUGUAUAUGGCAGAGUUUUCACAAGUGGAGAAAUUCAAUCCCUGGCUCCAGGCAAGAUUUACAACUGUGUCUGAAAGAAGAGAAGAGGAGAGGAGAAGUGAAGAGAGGACAGGACAGGAGAGGAUAGGACUGGAGGAUGUGACGGAGCGGUGCGGGGGUGCCCACACGGACAGGACAGACAAACAGCUGUCACAGCUAGUAGGCCCAUUGUUCGUACUGGGCUUUAUAUCCCAGCAGUUUUUUUUAAAUACAGCGCUUGGCUAAGAGGGACAGGCUCCUAAUGGGAGAGUUUCUUAGUUUCCCUUCUGUCACAGCAUCAGCAAAGAAACUGGCGCUGACAGAGCCGACUGAGCCGUAA